CGUACAGGAGUAGCUCCUCCAGUGGUAUUAAACCUUACUUUGGGAUGGCUGAGGCUUUUCCACAUGGCUAUGAGUCUGCUUCCAGAUAUGAGAGCUCUGUGCAACCAGGGAGUUCUCUGGGUGUUUAUGGUGCUUCCCAUGGUAGUUACAUAAAUGGUUACCUUCAACAAGGAGGUGCUUCUAGCUACAGGCCUGGCUCAAUGAGUUCAUCAAGACUAAGACAACCUCACAAGCAGUCACAUUAUCAAGUAAAAACUGAUGGCGUCUUCCAGUCCAAAGAUGCCAUGUCGGAUUUUGCUCUACCCCAGAAAGGAAACAGGCUUCAGGCAGGUAUUGUUUCAAGUUAUGCAAUUGAGAUGCGUUCUGAGCCCCAGCAGCCAAAUAAUGAUGCAAAGCUCCAGCCACUCCCUGAGCAUCAACAGCCGCACUACAGGGACAGCAAGCCCCGGCCACAACCAGUCCCCCUGCCCCAUCAGCAGCAGCCACGCUAUGAGGACAGCAAGCCCCGGCCACAACCAGUCCCCCUGCCCCAUCAGCAGCAGCCACGCUAUGAGGACAGCAAGCCCCGGCCACAACCAGUCCCCCUGCCCCAUCAGCAGCAGCCACGCUAUGAGGACAGCAAGCCCCGGCCACAACCAGUCCCCCUGCCCCAUCAGCAGCAGCCACGCUAUGAGGCCAGCAAGCUUCCAAGUGCAGGUGUUCUGCAAACUAAAACUGGCAUGUGGGACUUAGCCAUUAACUCUAAUGCUGGGCCAAGAAGCCUUACACCAGGUUACCACUACAGGCAGCCACACCAACUGGUACCCUUCUACAACAGAUAUCAACCUUAGGUAUUUUGGAGGGGAGCUGGCCAUUAUCUCUAAUGCUGGUCCAUGAGAUUUUAGACCCAUUCCAAUGGUAUCAGAAUAUCUGUACAGGUGGCCACACCACCUGGCACCCUUCCACAGUAGAUGUCACUGUUCAGUAAGUCUUUUUCCCUCCUCUUCUUUUGCCUCUUUGAACUCAAAUCU